AUGGCUGCUUCCUUGAGCAACUUGCCCUUUCCCAUUGAUGAGCUGGCCUGGGACAAGUUGCACGUUGUGGCCAAGCACCUGAAGGUCAACAGGGCGGAGGCAUUCACAAUCAUGCACCAUGUCCUUGGGCCACCUCCUACUCCGUUGCCAGACAUGGAGAAUGAGACGAAGCCUAAGCGCAAGAAGAAGGAUAUCAAUUCUGCCGAAUCUCCAACGCCCAAGUCGCAGCCCUCGCAGCCCUCGCAGCCCUCCAAGCCCAUCAAAGCCAAAGCGACAGCAGCCAAGUCAAAGCCGAAAGGCAAAGCAAAAGCCAAGAGCGGUGCAUCGGCAUGCCAGCCCAAGAAGGUCAAGAAGGUGCAUGGGAAAAAGGCGAAAACGCAGAAGCAGGAGUCUCAGAAUGCGUCCAAGUCAAAGAAUGUCGACAAGAAGGAGAUGACAAAAGCUGAAAAGAAACGAAAGGUCGAUGCCAAGAAGAACAAGUCAGUACCUCCUGAGGAGGCCGAAGAUGUUGAGACCCCCGCCACAGAGUACUAUGCAUUAUAUGGCCCUGAACAUGCAGAAGAUGGCCCUGAACAUGCAGAAGAUGUGACCCGGAAGCGCAAGCCGCCAGUGCAGGUGCCGUUGGACGCAAUUGCUGGGGAUGGUUUGGUGACGCCUUCCCGUCGACGCGCAGUGGGCAAGCCCAGUGAUCAAGGCGCGACCCAACCAGCACCAACCAGCCCCAAAGCUCCCAGUGCUCAUGAUUCUCAAGAUACUGUAUGGUCAUGUGAUACUUUGAAGCGCGCAAUUGACUUUGUCAACAACCAGGGGCCCCAUGACAAGCUGGGCGAGCAGACCAAGGAGUUGGAUUCCAUCUCGACUGCGAGCACGAUUGUGCUUGGUGAGAGCCAGCCUGGAGAUCUACAAAAUCAAUUGUCGGCAGCGCUUGCAUACAUCAAGCAGUUGGAGUCCUGUCAGGUCGCUGCUGGUGCCCCUGCCGAGCCUUCUAAGCUCCAACGGGCAACUCCUUUGGAGGAAGAUGGCCCUUCGAAUGUCACGUUGCCAGACACGAUCCCUGGAGACAUUUCGGCUGCGCCCUCCCCUGCUCUUCCUGAAACUGUGCCUGAUGUGCCCAUGCAAGAGGAGGAGCCAGACCGCCAGAGUGAUCAUGAGAUGGAUUUGGAUCAACCAGCCACACUUUGCGACGAAGAUGAGAGGAUGGCUGACAAUGACGUGACUUCUGCAGUGAACGAGAAGAGCUUGGAGAAGGAAGACAGCUUGGCUUCCACGGCCAGUUUGGGGGAGUCGUGGGAGCGAGAGUUCUACGACUACAAGGAGGAGAAUGGGAAAUGGGUAAAGUAUAUCAAAGACAAGUAUGUGGCCCUUGCCAAAGCCAGAAACUGGAGCCUUGGGCCAAUUGAUAUCACCGCUGAAGCUGCGCCUCCCAUGGAGAAGCUUGGUGUGCUCUCCAUCAAGGCUGGCCAGACUUCUGACCAACAGCCUGAUGCUGCAGUUCCAACCUCUGCUGAGCCAAUGGCCCUUGUCCAACAGCCUCCUGCUGCAGCCCCGACCUCUGAGCCAAAGAUUCCUGUCCAACAGCCCAAUGCUGCAGCCCCGACCUCCUCUGAGCCAGAGAUUCCUGUCCAACAGCCCAAAGCUGCAGCUCCGACCAAUGAGCCAAAGAUCCCUGUCCAACAGCCGGAUGCUUCAGCCGUUGAAAAGGAGAAGCCGGACAGGCCAGUUCUUCAGGAAGCGGCUGGCCCACCAGACCGCACACUUGAGCUAGCUGGUUUGCAAGCCUUGAUGAAAGGUCAGGUGGAACGAGAACAAGCUGCAGCCCUGGCCGAGGCCACGAGAGUUGAAGGACUUCUGAACCCUGGUCCUAGAGCUGUCGCCGAAACAGCAGGACCUGAUCGUGUCGAUUGGGUGACGCACAAGAAGGAGGGCAUGCGAUUAAAAAGGCUUCUGGAGGAGUCGGCUGAUGGAGCCAAGUCCUUUCCGCACAUGGCCAAGAUGUGGGCUGGCUCAAAGGAGGACAGAAAGCAGCUCUUGCGCGAGUGGGUUCAGAAGAAUGGCGAUGCGGCAGCAAUCGAGGCCAACAUCGUGAUUUCGAAGACAUCGAGCUCAAAGCUGGGCACGCAGAAGGAACUGCUGACCGUCGCUGAGAUGGUUUCACGUGGGUUUCCACGUGAAAAAAUUCAGCCAUAG